AUGCCCCAAUGUUCAAACGACAAGGAAACAAACCGAGUGCGGGGCGGGGUAAAAGUGCAAUAUUACGAGCACAAGCGGCUGGUCGGGGCCGGGCGGGUGGACGUGGUGGGGGGCACAGAGGAGGCUGGCAGGGAGGUUCAGGACCAUCCCGUCGUUAAUAUCUUGUUUUAUCCAACAACUAGCUUUAUCAUACAUUUUAACAGUAGACUG